CUCGGUCCGGCCCGGGGCUUCUCCUGCCGGGGCGGGGUGGGGGGAUCCGCACACGCGGGCUGCCCGGAUCAGAGGGCCCCGGUUCCCGAAGAGGUGGCCGCAGUUGGACCGGGGGCAGAGGCCGUCGGUGCGGGUGGCCGCGUUGCUUUCAGUCUUCUCGCUGAGUUUAAGAAAUGAGAGGAAAUGACCUGUCGCUUCACAAGCCUUGGGGCAGGCGUCCGUGGCCUGGAUGCUGUCAGCGGUUGCGUGGGGCUGUGGUGGCACCAACGCCGCAGCUUCUGCUUGUGUUGAAGAACUUUAAAAAUAACACCGUGGGCUGGGGAGAUGGGGCUGAAGGAGCGGGCUGAUUUCAUUUUACUGAAGGGAAGCUGAGCUUUUGUAUCAUAAAGCGAAGACUAUGUUGUAAGUAGAUGCUGCUUCUUUAGGGCUUUUUAAUGCCUGAAGAGCCGUCUGACCUUAGUGAGAAAGUAAUGGAUAAUGCCCGUUAUUUAUUAAUGCAUGAAUGGACAUGCUUAUUCUGCAGUAAUUUCAUCUUGGCCUUGUUUAGCUGUUUAGAACUAGACCAACCUUAAAGAUGUUGGUGAUAGCCCUGACUAGUUUAUUUUUGGAAUAUAAUGAGUUUUUGGAAGUAUCCAGUUGCACCGGUAUCAAUCAGUAGAUGCCCUGUUCGGUUUUUGGUGGUGUGAUCAACAGCAGCAUUCGGUCUCCUGAUACUGCCCAGUCCACCACUGGAGCAGUGUGUCUUCUGAACCCCAGUCUGUCAAAGUGGGACCCAGUCCGUUACCUGUCAGGAUCACGAGGUGUGGCUAGAACCUUGUUACACCAGUGGGUGUAUUUAAUACCUCUAAACACAUUUCAUUAAGUUGUCUUUAAUUUCCACCUCUCUCAUUUUUCUUUGCAGGCCAUGAUAAAAUCCUACAAUGCCGUUUUGAGUGGGUGAAGUGAAGGGGGGAAAAGGGGAAUAAAAAAAAAUGCCCAAGCAAACAGCAGUGACGAUUACUUUGGCGACCCUGCUGGGUGUUGCAGUGGGGGGCCUGGUUUUGUGGAAAGCAACCCAGCGUCGAAAAGGAAAAGCAUGUAGUAGUCAGCGAGAGGAAGCUGUUACAAACUCGGGAGACGAUAAACUGAUAAAGGCAGAGGAUAAGGAGGUGCUUUCCUUCUUCAGAUCUCCCACCUUUUCCUGGGUAGAGAGGACCCCUGGUGCAGACAUAGUGAUAGUUUCAGAGCAGGAGGAUUGGGAUCGUGUUGAACCUUUCCUGAAGAAGGAGCUGGAGAAGUGGCCAGUGCUUGGAAUUGAUUGUGAGUGGGUAUCUGUAGAGGGAAAAGCAAAACCUGUAUCCCUCCUGCAGAUGGCUUCUUCCAGUGGCUUCUGCGUUCUUGUUCGGUUGCCCAGACUUGUUGCCAGUGGACAGACUUUCCCACAGACCCUGUUGGACAUCAUGGCAGAUAGUGCUGUGUUGAAAGUUGGGGUAGGAUGCUGGGAAGAUGCUUGCAAGUUACUUCAUGAUUAUGGUCUUCCAGUCAAAGGAAGCAUGGAUCUCCGGUAUUUAGCCAUGAGACAGCGGAAGGAUCUACUUCACAACUGCCUUAGCCUUAAGUCUUUAGCUGAAAAAGUCCUGAACUGCCCGCUUGACAAGUCUCCUCAUGUGCGUUGCAGCAACUGGGAGGCAGAAGAACUGACACAAGAUCAGGUUCUCUAUGCUGCUAGGGAUGCCCAGGUCUCAGUGGCUCUGUUCCUCCAUUUGUUGGAAUUUGCUAGCCUCCCUGCCAUAUCUGAAGGUGAAAAAUCUGUCACUGCUUGGGAAAAAGCACUGGGUAAAUGCCGGGGCUUGGUGGAUAUCCCGUUUAAAGGAAGAAGGAGUGGCAGUACAGGAGAGGAGAAGAGUGCAGAAGGUCGCUCCCCUCAGAAAACAAAGAAUCGGAAAUCUUCAGUGAAUGGCCAGCCCUGUGGCAGUCAGCAAGUGAGAGAUCCGAGGAGGCAGAAGCGAAAGCCUCUGGGCAUGGGAUAUUCUGCACGAAAAUCUCCACUGUAUGACAACUGCUUCCUGCAUGCACCAGACGGACAGCCCCUGUGCACUUGUGAUCGCAAGAAGGCUCAGUGGUAUCUAGACAAGGGAAUUGGAGAGCUAGUUAGCACAGACCCAUUUGUUGUGAAGCUGCGGUUUGAGCCUUCAGGACGUCCUGAGUCUCAAGUUGAUUAUUAUCUGACAGUCAAAGAGAACCUGUGUGUUGUUUGUGGCAAGCGAGAAUCCUACAUCCGGAAGAACGUUGUUCCUCAUGAAUACCGAAGACACUUCCCCAUCCAGAUGAAAGACCACAACUCCCACGAUGUGCUCCUACUCUGCACGUCCUGCCAUGCCAUCUCCAAUUACUAUGACAACCAUCUCAAGCAACAGCUGGCUGAGGAGUUUGGUGCCCCCAUCGGCUCUGAGGAGGGUGUGCGUCUGCUGGAAGACCCUUUGCGCAGGCAAGUGCGCUCAGGGGCUCAGGCCCUGCUGAAUGCAGACAGCCUGCCUGACCCCCGAAGGGCAGAACUUCUGCAAAGCAUCAAGGACUUCUUUAACACAGAGGCAGUCACCCCAGAGAUACUCCAGGAAGCAGCUGGUCUGGAAACCAGGAUCUGGAAUGAGAGCUACAUGCCGCAUGGACUGAAGGUGGUGCAGUGUUUUGCUAAAGGAGGCCUGCGCUCCCUUAUGCAGUUGGAGAGACGCUGGCGGCAGCAUUUCUUGGACAGCAUGCAGCCCAAGCACCUCCCAGAGCAAUGGUCAGUGGACCAUAACCACAUGAAGCUGAUCCGAAAGUAUGGGGAGGAUCUUCAGAUCGAGCUGUCAUGAAACUGAUUUCCUGGACUCCAGAUAGUGUCUAAUGGAUAUUCUGAGCUGCAUCAGCAUGUCAGAUAGGCCUCAAUGAGUCUCCUGGUGGCAGGUGCCUGAUGAGAAGUGACACUGACUGGCAGUAUGGAAGUACCCAGCUUCCAGCAACACAGUCUAUGAAAAAACGUCCUUUCGUAAUUCCACUUGUUUCUUAUGAAUAGCUCUUGGUGGGUACCUUUUCAUAGCAGACUGAAAUGAGGUCAGGUGUCUUAAAAAGGAUGAGAGGAAACAAACGUCAUUUAAAGACCAGCAUCUUUUAAGAGGUCAGACCAUGUGUGGCAGAAAACUGGAAAACCUGGUGUUCUGUUCCUGGAUUUGAUGUGUGUGGUGGUGAACAGGUCAUACUCUUCUAUGCCUGUUUCCAUGUCUCUAAAAUGGGACUAAUACUACUUAAAUAUCUCACAAGGGUGUUGUGAGGCUUAAUUAACUCAUGUUUUUGUAAAAUGCUUUGAAAAUAUAAGCUAGUGUAUGCUAAUUAUUACUGUUGGUUUUUAAAAUGUGCUGCUGUCUUUCUUAAAUAAUCAUGGUUUUUGCCUGUUGUUAGAUCUUAGUUAAAUAUAACUUUUUUAAAAAACAUAGCCCUUUCUGUGAAAUCACUCUUGAUGAUUUUGAUUGCAUGAGAUGAGUGUGCUUCUCUUGGAUGAAGCUAUGCUCAACUUUUAUAGGUCUCUGUAAAGAAGUUUCAGUAAAACUCUUAUCAUACUUCACACUACUGUGUAUAGCACAGCUGACCCAUAUUUUAUUAUAACAUUUGGACAGAAUCAUGGACCUGCUGUGAUCGUGGCUGAAACUCUCCCUUAUCAGAUAAUUCAAGAUAUUUCACAGGCCGAGGUGAAAAACCUGUUUGUAGCAGAGACUGUUUGAGAUAAGUAGGAGCCAUGGAGAAAUGGUACAUUAAUACUAUCCCAGAGGAGCUGCAGUGGCAGCCUGAGCACAAGGAAUCAAAGAUUCAUGAUAAAUACUACUUAUCACAGAGCUGCAAAUGAGACCAUUUUCAUUAUAAGGGCAAUCUUAUUCCUUUCCUGUACCACUGGCAGGUUUUAACAAAAACUGAUCUAGCCAAAUCUGUUCUAUCUCUGUGCUUAUUCACACAGCUGAUUAUAAUCUCGGCAAGAGCCUCCUGUCUACAGCAACAGCUUGGGUAUAACUGUUUCUCUCCAAAGCAUGUGUUCAGAUAUUGCUAUCUCCUGUCUAGUGCCAUCUGAUCAGGGUGGCGAGAGCUCUUUGCACGGCUUAGAAACUCCUUUUCAAUGAUCAGGAGUACAAGGUGUCCACCUCGCUUCUUUGUACUGCUUCCCUUUGUUCAGAUACAGGAACUCCUGAUGAAGCUGUCCUUGUUUAAUGGAACCGAUGGGCUCACUACAGGGCUUCUGUCUUUUCUGUUUGUUGAGACAAGAAAAUGAUGUUGAGACAAGAAUUAGACUACAGGUCCUCUAAAGUUUAAGAAGUUGGUGAUAUCAUUGGAGAAUUUUGUGGUUUUUUUUUUCCGAAUUACUUGUUCAGAAAUAGAAAUUUGCAAGGAAAACUUCAUAAGUAUUUUCUUAAAUAAGAUUCUUUGUUGUUUGUAAGAUAUCCUUAACUUGCAUCAUUUUUAGUCAACCUGAAAGAGGAAGGGAAGUGAUAUAUUUAUUGUGCAGAAAUAGAUUAUUUUUAUAUGAUCAUGAUUUUAAAUUUUCUGCUAGUCUGAAGAUAAAACUUUCUUGUAUGUCUUCAUCACUAAUUGUUAUUCAGUAAAAAUUUUCUCUUUUACCA